UGCCAUCGCUCGACCCAUCUCGCUGCCUGAGGCCGUCCAAAUCUACGUUCUGCCAUGAAGAGCCAUGGACUCAUCGCCAUCAGUACCGCAGCCCCUCGAUCCGCAUCCGCAUCCGCAUCCGCUGGGCACCGACGCUGUCUCGGCAGCCCCAAGGCCAAGACGAACUCGUGUGCUCGAUGAUCUCCCCUUCGUCAUCCACACACCCGCCGCUCAAGCUUCCGUCCAUCCUGCGGGCGAGCCACCAGUAUCAACAGCUGCACAUGCGAGGCUUCAAGACAACCCCGCAUAUCCGCUUGAGCUUGAGCCUGAAUCCAGCGAGGCUUCACCGUUGGCAUCGCUGGCUCUGUCGGGACUCCUUCUUCCACCUCCUCUUCUUGGGCCUCCGGCACUCCCCAUCAGAACCAUGGCGAUCCAAUCAAAACCCAUCGACCCUUCGAUCUCCGUGAGCAACCCCAUGUCACCACAUUCUCAACGGCACGUCCAAUACCGGCCUAACGAUCCAUCGCCCGCUCCUCUCCAACAACCGCUGACCACGUCCGAUGUCGCAGCCCGAUUGCUCCCGCCGUGCACCCAAGCCGAGCCGGUUUCUGUUUCUCUGACCCUGAUCCAGCCUCGGAUCGAGGCUCAUGUCUCCACGCGGGAUAUGCCGCUGUAUUCUCACAGCCUCCACCCAGCAAAUGCUAUCGCUGACAUGCCGGGCAGUCCGCCCGUGCCCGAGAUCCCCAGCAAGGUUGCUGCACAAGCGACAUCCGAUGGGCUUGCAGUCGCAUCCAGAGACAAAGCAUGCGGUCAUGGUCAUGGCAACCAGGGCCAUGAGGAUCGAGACGACGGCGACGGCGAUGCUGAAUCCGAAGAAGGAGAGAUUGACGAAGCGGAUGACCAACUGGCGAUCUCCAGGACAAGUCCUACUGGUCCUGUUGAAUCGAAUGCCCAGCACCAACCAGUUGUGCCGUCAAGCAUCGGACCCGCCUCCGGGCCAGCCGAAGCCAAACGAAAAUGGAAUCUGUCAGAGCUGCUGGAUCAAUCGUUUGACUACAUCGAGCGAGCCAACAAAAUGCCCAAGACAGAAGGACAGUCGCUCUGUGGCUCUGCCGCCUAUUCCCUCAGACGAGACACCUGCCCAUUCCCACCCGCUGGAUCCGAAUCUAUCGCCGCCUUCGCCAGCCGCCGUGAUCCUCGUCCCAUCAUUAGCUACGAAGACGAUGGCCCUGGCCCUGGGAAUUUCACACCGCCUCUCCCGACGAUGCCUUCUGGCCAAGCAUUUGUGGUACCCGAGGAUUCAGGACCAUGGAUAUAUCGCCAGCAUCGACAGAAUCAGCAACACCACCAAGACUCUCAGCGUCCCCAACAUUCCCCGUAUCCGCCGUAUCCUCAGCACUCACGAGUUUUGCAAAACCCACUGCAUUCCAACCAGAUGACUGGCCAGCCAUCUUCUACAAAGACAAGUGGCAAGAAAAAGAAAAAAUCCAAGUCCAACUCCAAAAACAAGCACAAGCCAGCAGCAGCACCAGGUCCAGUCGAAGGCAGUGGCUCUGGUAUCGGCGACGAGGCACCAGCUUCGCCCGAUAUGCAUGACGGUCCUGGAGCGUCGCAUUCAUCGCCUGAGACCAUUGUGACCAAUCUGAAUGCCCCGGAGCACCAACCACAGCGUCUCUUGAAGCAGAUUCUAAAGGAGCAACAAACCCAGAUGAUGCACGCCAAGCGUGAAAAGGAACGGCAGAGACGGCCAUGCGAAUUCUGGGCCGAAGGACGGUGUUUCCGCCGAGAAAAAUGCAAGUUUUCGCACGAUGGACCAGGGUGGCCGGUGCCUGAGAUGACUCCGGCAGACCGAAAGACGAUCGUUUGCGGACCCUUCCGGGGCGGCGUCUGCCCAAACACCGAGCAGACAUGCGCAUACUCGCACAAUCUCAGCAUGAUGCCGUGUCUGUUUUUCUUCAAGUCUGGGUGCGUCAAAGGCAGUCAAUGCCGGUUCAACCACGGAGCCCUGUCGAUCUUUCAGCAGGAAUGGGUUGAGCGCGAGCACAAGCACCUCAAUACGAUUGUUCCUGGAAUCGAGACGCCGGAUGGGAAUCACAUUGUCUGCCACAAGUUCAAGAUCGGCGAGUGCCUCAAGAGCGAAGAGGAAUGCGGAUACUCUCACAAUCUGAAGUUGCUCCCGUGCGUCUACUUCUAUCGCCCACAGGGAUGUCAUGUCGGUGAUCAGUGCCGCUUCGGUCAUGGUCCUCGAACUCCCGAGAUUGACGCCUUCCUGCAGAGAGAACGACAGCAGUAUCUGGCACGGAUGCAGCGCAAUGAUCGACUCAAGGCUGAUCAACUGUCGAAGUGGCCGACCGGAAACAGAGGUGGCCCGGCCGGUGGGCAACAGGCGCAUAGGCACGGCUGAGGCUCUGCUGCAACCUGGUUGUUGCUGAUCUGUUGCGCACCGAAUGGUCGGCUUGGGCAGGGCUCAAAUACAUUGCCUCCACGGCCUGUUCCCUCAUA